AUGGAAUUAUAUGAAAAAGAAGUACCAAGAACAAGUCAAAACUUUUAUGAAUUAUGUAAAGGUUCUAAAGGUUAUGGAUACAAAGGUUCAAAGUUUCAUAGGAUCAUACCUAACUUUAUGUUACAAGGUGGCGAUUUUACAAACCAUAAUGGAACAGGUGGAAAAUCAAUUUAUGGACCAAAAUUUGAAGACGAAAACUUUCAUUUUAAACAUUCCAAAGUAGGUUUAUUAUCAAUGGCAAACGCAGGUCCGAAUACCAAUGGAUCUCAAUUCUUUAUCACUACUACAAUUACAAGUUGGCUCGAUGGUAAACAUGUCGUUUUUGGUGAAGUGAUCAAAGGUUUUGAAGUAGUUAAAGCUAUUGAAGCAUUAGGUUCACAGUCAGGUAAACCAUCCCAAGAAGUGAUCAUUGAAGAAUGUGGUGAAGUUUCAUCUUGA